AGCAGGCCCGCGCGGAGCGCAAGGCCACCGCCUCCUCGCCUCCCCAAACUCCCGGGCAGGGCGCGCGGUGGCGUCCUCGCGCUCUCGCUCGCGCCCCCGCCCUUCGCCCGCGCAGGCCAGGCAUGAAUGCUGAGACUUGCGUCUCUUACUGCGAGUCGCCGGCUGCUGCCAUGGACGCCUACUACAGCCCGGUGUCGCAGGGCCGGGAGGGCUCCUCGCCUUUCAGGGCAUACCCCGGCGGCGAGAAGUUCGGCACAACUUUCCUCUCGGCCGCCGCCAAAGGGCAGGGAUUCGGAGACGCCAAGAGCCGGGCCCGCUACGGCGCGGGGCAGCAGGACCUGGCGGCACCCCUGGAGAGCGGCGCCGGGGCGCGGGGCUCCUUUACCAAGUUCCAGCCGCAGCCGCAGCCGCAGCCGCCGGCCCCGCAGCCGCCGCCGCCGCCGCCGACCGCGCAACCCCCGCAUCUCUACUUGCAGCGCGGCGCUUGCAAGACUCCCCCGGACGGCAGCCUCAAACUCCAGGAAGGCAGUGGCGGCCACAACGCGGCCUUGCAGGUCCCCUGCUACGCCAAAGAGAGCUCCCUGGGUGAGCCGGAGUUGCCGCCAGACUCUGACACCGUGGGGAUGGACAGCAGCUACCUCAGUGUGAAGGAGGCUGGAGUGAAGGCACCCCAGGACAGGGCCAGCGCCGAGCUGCCCAGCCCGCUGGAGAAGGCCGACUCCGAGAGCAACAAGGGCAAGAAGCGGAGGAACCGAACCACCUUCACCAGCUACCAGUUGGAGGAGCUGGAGAAGGUCUUCCAGAAGACCCACUACCCCGACGUGUAUGCCCGGGAGCAGCUGGCCAUGAGGACAGACCUCACCGAGGCCCGCGUGCAGGUCUGGUUCCAGAACCGGAGGGCCAAGUGGAGGAAGAGGGAGCGUUUUGGACAGAUGCAGCAGGUUCGAACCCACUUCUCCACUGCCUACGAGCUGCCCCUCCUCACCCGAGCGGAGAACUAUGCCCAGAUUCAGAACCCGUCCUGGAUCGGCAACAAUGGGGCUGCCUCGCCGGUGCCAGCCUGUGUGGUCCCCUGUGACCCGGUGCCCGCCUGCAUGUCCCCUCACACCCACCCCCCGGGCUCCGGGGCCAGUGGAGUCACCGACUUCCUGAGCGUCUCCGGGGCUGGCGGCCACGUGGGCCAGACACACAUGGGAGGCCUGUUUGGAGCGGCGGGCCUCAGCCCGGGCCUCAACGGCUACGAGCUCAAUGGCGAGCCAGACCGCAAGACCUCGAGCAUCGCGGCCCUGCGCAUGAAGGCCAAGGAGCACAGUGCGGCCAUCUCCUGGGCCACAUGACAGGGCACCGCUCAGCCCAUCCCCAUGCCCUCCCCCACCUCGGGGCCCUGGCCACGCCCACGCUCCCCAGGCCCCCAGCCUCCCGUUCGACUUUCCUCUUAGGAACCUGGCCUGGGCCAGGGACCCGGCCCUCAGCACUUUCAGCCACCCCAAGUGUGAGGCCCCAUGGGCCACUGGGAGGGAGGGGGCAGCAGGUCCCGCCCGCCCUGGCACCGAGGCCGAGCCCCCGCUCCUGGCUGGAGGCUGUGGAG